CUUAUUCGAAGACGAACAAAAAAAUUAAAAAAAAAAAACUCUAAUUCCACCGGACACUAUAAAAUAUGAAAACGGCCCCCAUUCUUCUCUGAAUCCGCCGGAAACUCUUAACCCCGCAAAAAAUCAAGAAACGCUACAAGAUUCCAGCCAUCAAAGCAAACUUCGUUCGAUCUUCAUUCUUGAACCCCUGACCGGAAGUUCGCCGCGAUGGUGCUCCGAGUGACGGUGGUCAACCCAGGGAACCUGAGAGAAGCGACUGAGGCGGUGACGCCGUCGCAACUAACCCGGCACGUCAUCAUGAUCUGGACCCCUGAAUACCUGGCUUUUCAGUCCACGAUUACGGAGAGGAUGUCCGCAUCGACCGAGAACGGCUGCGGAGAUAACAACACCGCCCUCCUCAAGAUCGACCCUGCGGCGUCGCCGGCGGUGUUCUCCUCGUACCACUCCACCGACGCUUACUUCAACGCCGUCGUGGAGACCGUCGAUCUCCAGGCCGUGCUCUUCACUGCUCAAAAUUCUGACACCAUUGUGUUUUCCCAGUCUCUAGAGGUCGAUAACCUUAUCAACGACUUCGGUUACUUGCGGGCCCGCUUUGACCGCCCUGUAGGAGCAUAUAAUGAGGACUACAUAUCAAUGAAAAUAUAUGGGGUAGUUCCUGAGCGAAUGCUUAAAACUGCUGACAUCUCAAAGGAUCCAACAGUUGUUCCACUUCCCCCCUUGGCUACACUAAAUGCACUUACUUUUUCCAACUCUCUAGCAGUUAUGAGGGGGGUUACCAGGUCAGUUGAUAUAUCGGUAAAGAAAGGUGAAGUCUAUUUCUCUCCUGUGGAUGUAAAAACGAAUCCGCUCAUUUUGAACCUAGAGUUUGGGUUGAUUUCUACGAGGGAGGACAUUCGAAAGAAUGAGGCGGUGGAGUUUAAGAUAAAUUUGCUAUUCCUGGAUUUAAGGUUGGCAGGGGUCACGUCGGCGGAGGUGUCGGUGUAUAAACGGCCAAAAGAUGUGGUUUUGCUAUGGUAUAAACUGGACGACACAAAAGGCUGGCUUCUCAAGGGAGACAUUUUCUACUACUUAUAUUAAUCAGACACAAUUAAUUAACUAGGCUGGAGUAUGUAUAAUAAUAAUGCAUGAAGUCGUCUUAUACUGCAUAUAUGUCUUAGUUAAUGAUUUGUGCACAGUUCGAUCAUACGUAUGAUUUUUGCUAGCGAAGUAGUAAGUAGUCAUUUCAUCCGUUCGUGCGUUGAUCGGAUUAUCAUAUUUGUCUUCCUUUUACAAGUCAUACAUAUGUUCUUGUAAUUAUGUGUGUUUGAAUUGAUGACCAUAAUUAUAAAUGUC